GAAAAUGGAAAAAAUGAGGUUUAGUUACGGAUCAGUCCUUUUUCAGCAUCCCCCAAAGUAAACCCCUUGAUUCAGCCCCGCCUCCAACUUCCCUUUUCUUGGGCGGUAAAAUACUGGGGAUUCUUUAUUCGCAAGAAAGGAUAUUUCCUCUUUAUUGGGGAACUAUAAAAGGAGUGGAGAAACUAGUGAGGAGUCAGAGGAGCAAGAGUAGCCCAUUCUCUAGAGUUCUUCUAUCUGGUUUUGUUUUGUUUUGUUUUAAAUUUUUUUCACAAGUACUUAACUAUUUACAAAAAUCCCUAGGUCCAUUCCUCCAUCUCUCCUCCCCUGACAAGACCAUGAAGACUUCCAUAGUGAUUCUCCUUCACCUCUUACUCAUGGUAAUCUGUUAUCCAACUGCCUAUGCAGCAGGAGCUUCGGUCGUUCCCUCGCUUUGUUGUACGAAGUACGCACAGAAAGCAUUCCCCGCAAGCAUGUUGCUGUCCUACCAAGUGACCAACCGGAGUGCCUGCUCCAUGCCUGGAGUGGUCUUUAUCACCAAAAAAUUCAAAGAAGUCUGUGCUGACCCAGCAAGACAGUGGGUCAAGGAUCGAAUGAAGACACUAGAUGCUAGGGAGGCCAAGCCUGUCAUGGUGGCUGGGCCAAAGGCCUUGAAAAAAACCCUCAGGAAGCAAUCUUCUAACAGCACCACCCUGGAUCACUAGGAUGGGGCAGCAUUUACUGGCCAGUUUCCUGAGGGAAUAGAAUGGGUGGUAGAGAAGGCGGCCUUCCUUCUCUCUCAGCUGGACCAUCAUCAGAGUGAACGGCUAAUACUUUGGACCUCCCAGCUCCCCAGAUGCCUGCUGCCCAUGUGACCCAGAGCGAGUCCUUUUUGUUCUCCUGGCCAAGUCCCUUACUCCUCCUCUGUAAGAUCAAUGGAACCACAGACUUCGAGUUAGAAGCACCUGGAAGUCACUGAACUUCCUCCACUUCAUUUUGUAGAGAAAGAAACUGAAGCCCAGAAAGGGUCAGCCAAGGUCACAAAAUUGUCAGAGCUGGGAUUCAGACCAGGGCCUCUGGCUCCAGGGAUGGCCUGACUGGCUGAGUUCUGUGAUUUCUUCCAGGGCUAAUUUCCUAUGCUGGUUCCCAAAUGAGAUGAGAUAUGUGUGUGUGUGUGUGUGUGUGUGUGUGUGUA